AUGAGCUAUUCUUCGGUCGUAUGGAUUGAUGAUCCAUUCUUUAUCAAACGUCAACGUGUUCAAAUGGCUUGCUCUUUUUGUCGUCAUCGAAAAAUUAGAUGCGAUGGUAGAAAUCCUUGCGCAAACUGCAAAAAAUAUUCUACCAGUUGUACUUAUAUUUCUACUACUUCUAAUGACUCUUCCAUUUUCGGAAUACAAACAUCUCAUGGAAAGCGUCCUUUAGAUGAUGUCACAGAACAUCAAACUUUACCUCCGGCUCUUCGUCGUAAUCCUACUUCCCAAGGAAUGUUUUCGGCACCUUCCCCUCAAUCUUCAACAAUUCUGCCAAGUAACUCAAUUUCUGUUGCUAAACCGGAACCAAAACUGCCUCUGAUUGACGAUCAUGUAAUACCACCCGACGAUAUUGUUGAACAUUUACUUGAACUUUAUUGGACUAAUGUUCACCCUUAUGUUCCAGUUCUUAAUAAAUCUAUUUUUUUACAACAACGUGAGAGUCCUGAUGACCCUCCAUCUCUCUUGUUACUUAACGCUAUGUUUGCUGUCGCUGCAGAAUUUUCUGAUCGUCCAUCAGUGCGAACAGACCCUGAAUCUCAUGAAAAAGGAGGAUGGAUCUUUUUUGAUAGAGCCCGUAAUAUCCUUGAUUCAUUUUUGGAUGCUCCGAGAAUGUCUACUAUAGCUGCUCUUAUCCUUAUGUCAAUUUAUCAACAACAUAAUACUAGGCGAUCCGGAAUUUCUCCUGGUUAUUUUCGUAGAUGGAUGUACAUUGGAAUGGCUAUUCGUAUGGCCCUUGAACUAGAUUUAAACAAAGAUUGUGACGAUCCUCAUCUUGAUCGUUCUCAUAAAGAAUUGAGAAAACCAAGUAACAUCGAAGAGGAAGAAUGUACUAUUCCUGAACCUGAUGAUAAUGUGAAUGAGCCUGAAUUAAAAGUCGAUGGUGCUCUUAGAGAAUUUAUUCACCAAAUUAAAUUUACCAGAAUGCUUCACCUCUUGCUAAAACAUAAUUUUUCUUACAAAGUCUCAACUACCUCUCCAUACCUUAAUCAAGAUAGUAUUGUGGCCAACUUUGAAGAUCAAAUUCAAGAUUGGUUCUCCCAGUUGCCCAUACAAACUACACAUACCACUGAGUCUCUUAUUGAUAACUCUAACAAUUAUUCUACAACAAUGUUACACCUUCGCAUGUUAUAUUACUCUUUUAUCAUUCUUCUUCAUCGGAGAUAUAUUCUGAAUCAAGAUUCUCUUUCAAAAUGUAUUCGAGCUGCACAAGAAGUUACUCCUAUCGGCGCUUCAAUACUUCGUAACUAUUCAUCGCCUUUUAGAGGGUUCCUUAAUUGCACUACUUGGUGUUUAUUACAAGCUGGAAUGAUUCAUGCUUUAAAUAAAGUUGUGGGAAAUGAAGCAUCCUGUAGAGUUGCUGAAGAACAUUAUGAGAAAAUAGUACAUCUUUUUCAAGAAUAUUCUCAAACAACCGCGUUGCAAGUAUUGCAAGAUCAUGCGAACACCUGCAGCUCUCAUCGAUUGUCCGUAAUAGAUGUUUGGUCAUCCUCAGAUAAUCCUCCACAACAAUCCCCGGAAAUGUUCGUCUUUUCACCUGGGAGUAAGGUCGGUAACAUCAAUAGCAACCUGCCCAACAACCACAUCAUCAAUAACAACGAUACCCCUUCUUUUUUACUAUCGCCUCCAACCGUUAAAUCCUCUAUUCCAUCAAUUGAUCAUCCUCCUUGUUUUCCUUCCAUUGAUGUUGAUGUUGAUGUUGAUAAUUUAUAUGAACAUCCAAACAUGCAUACAGACUUAACAAAUAAUUAUUCUAAUAUGGUUUCAUUCCAGAGCUUACAAUAUGGUGCUACUACUCUCCACAUGUCUCCAGCUACGACUACUAAUACUUUUGACACACCUCACAUAUCUCAAAUCACAACGCCUUUUUCCAGUCCGCAUAACGGGACAAUAUCCCCUCUCUGUGGAACAACACCUCAUCAAUCUCCAGAUGUCGACCUCGGCCCCAUUUACUUAGUACGAAAUCCACAAAUGCGGGACUCAGGACCCAUUUGGACUAACGACUGGAGUGACUAA